UGAAGGUUUAAUAACUGAUAAAAACAAAGAGGGAUGAAGAUUCGAAGAGGUUGGGGAAGGAAUUUCAUGGAAAAAUUCAGUUGUGGAGGAGCAAAGAAAGACACUGAACCUGAGGCAAAACUAACAGCAGCCACGAAAAUAUCUGGUGGCAGGCCUGUGGAAUCAUCAAACAAAUUGGUUAACGCAGCUCCUACCAGGUGCUCCUCACAGCGUGCAAGGCAAGAAACUGCAGGCAGUGGUAACUUGAGCGAGGAAUUAGACAAGAAGAAACAACAAGAGUGGGAUAAGGAAACUACAGAAGGUCAUGCAGUGAGCCAGCAUGAAGCUGGAGCAGAACUAGACAUGACCAUGAUUGUGCAGUCUAUGAAGCGCGGAAAGCGUUCAGCCCGGCGCAGGAGACAGAGUUCUGCACAACUGCUUGGGUUUAACGUCAGAAACAUGGCGAAGGCAGGUCGAAAUGAUCAGGCUAUUGGCUCAAAGAAGAUGAAAAGAACUCGUAGGGGCACCAGGUCGUUGUGCGUGCAUAAUAGGGGAGCUAAGGAAAAGAAGUGUGUUGGAGGUGAAAGUGAUGCAAGUCACCAGUCUACUCCUGCUAAUUUAGUCAAGGCCCAGGAUAGUCCAGCAGAUACAGAUGCCGUUGAACAUCUCAGUGUGCCAAAAUCUGACACAUCAUUGGAACCAAAGGAGCCAUGUGGUAUAGAUGCAGAUGAAUUUGCUUCUAAUCAGAGUGGUGUCCCAGUCCCAGCAGAUGGCACAAUCAUGACUAACAUUUGGACUGAUUUCAAAGAGAGUGAAGACGCAGUUGCCGAUGGUCUUAUGGCGACGACUGAUGUCAUCAGUCUCUACGAAGCCAAAGAGAAUCACACCAAGCUUGACCCUAAGAUAAUUCCAGGCUUAGAUCUAAACGAUGGAGCCGAGAAGUUUGAUACUUCGACGGCGCAAUCUGCUCUGGCAUCGCUACUGCCUACCGUCUCCGCGCCAGACCCGUGCAUCGAGUUUGCCGUUAAGCUUCUCAAGGACGAAACGCCACUGGCAGCAUACGUUCCGCAGGCUGACGAGAUCAUUGGCAAAAUGGUGUGCCGUCAGAAGAGCACAGCUGUUGGGACGUCAAAGUCUGCUCAGGGCAGGAAGGAGAAGAAGGACUGAAAGAACAGAUGGCAUCCGCUCGAUCGACGGAACCUGAUAUGAGGUGACGAUUUUGUAUCUGCGGAUCAGUGUAAUCGUUUGUCAGUAAAGCACAACUGGCAGUCCUAGUGACCAGUGCCUCAAGAAAGUCUUUUUGUGAUAAUUGCGUUAACUCUCUGUUUCCUAUUUGGGUUGAACAACAAUUUAUGAUG